UCAGCGCAUCUCUCUUUCUCUCUCUCUCACACACACACGGGUGUAGAGUACUCCUAACACACACACACCGCACACUCAGGCCCGCAUGUCUGCAUGGAUCUAGCAGGUAAAUGAGUGUGUAAACUCCUCUGAUUGCCCGUUUCCGAGGAUCCUGCAAGUGGACAGAGAGCCAACUUUCACCACCGACCACUUGUCCUACAUCCACAUGUUAGUGCACACCUACUCAGCAAUGGAGCGCUCGGAUGGGCUCUCGGGCUCCUCACCGAGACUGUCCCAGCUCUGCUCUCUGAAUCAGACUGCUUACUCUGCGGCUCCUCCGCUGUGCCACACUCCGGCCUCGGACUUCCAGCCGCCCUACUUCCCUCCUCCGUAUCCUCAGGCGUCUCUCUCCUACUCGCAGGCUCAGGACUCGGGGUACCCGCACCUGGCCGACCCGUACCAGUCCAUCAGCUCCCUGCAUCAGCACCAGCAGGCCGCCUGGCACCCGCCGCGGAGCCGCAACCCGGAGGACGCGGGAGUGCUGCAGCAGCCGCACCGCGCGCUGAGCCUCGAGCCCCGCCGUGAAUACCCCGGAGUUCCCCCGCGGCUCCUGCACGCGCUCGGUGAGGGCGCGCUGGGUGACGCGCCGCUCGGUGUGCACGCGGCUCAGCACGGCACCGACGACCUGCAGGGUAUGGAGGAAACGUCAUCCCUGGGACUCUUGGAUCAUUCUGUUAUCAAGAAAGUUCCUGUCCCAUCCAAGCUGAAUGGUUCUGCUCUGUCUGUCCUGUCCCUUGGUAAAGACAGUCUGGGUCUUGGUGGUGUGUCCAACCCUGCUGAGGUUUUCUGCUCAGUGCCUGGACGCCUGUCCCUCCUCAGCUCGACAUCCAAGUACAAGGUGACAGUGGGGGAGGUCCAGAGGAGACUGUCUCCUCCUGAGUGUCUCAACGCCUCACUGUUAGGAGGAGUGCUGCGGAGAGCAAAGUCAAAGAACGGCGGCCGCUGCCUCCGCGAGCGUCUGGAGAAGAUCGGCCUCAACCUUCCUGCCGGCCGACGCAAGGCAGCUAACGUCACACUCCUCACAGCACUAGUGGAAGGUGAGGCAGUCCACCUGGCGCGAGACUUUGGUUACGUGUGUGAGACGGAGUUCCCAGCGAGGGCCACUGCAGAGUAUUUAUGCAGGCAGAGUGAUCCAGAUCAGCUACCCACACGGCGAAGCAUGCUUCUGGCCACCAAGGAGAUCUGCAAAGAGUUUGUUGACCUCAUGUCCCAGGACAGGUCGCCGCUGGGUGCGAGUCGGCCCACACCGUGCCUGGAGCCCGGGGUUCAAGGCAGCCUGACCCACUUCAGCCUGCUCACCCAUGGCUUCGGCACACCAGCCAUCUGCGCUGCCCUCUGCGCUUUCCAGAGCUACCUGCUGGAGGCCCUCAAACUGCUGGACAAAGCUGAUGGAGGUGGCAAGGGCCACCAGGAGAAAGACCUCAAACACUGCAAAUGAAGCAGUGGUGCAUAUCCAGCAACAUCUCAAAGACAGAUACUGAGCGCUUCCCCAACCUUUAGGAGAGACGGAAGGAGUGUACGUGCGCGUGUGCGUGUAUUUAUGUGUGUGGGUGUGUGUGCUUGCUAUCCGAAUCUGACUCAAUCAGCUGCUAGAUUCAAUUCAACCUCUGUGUUACCGAGCCACAGGAACUGUGAAAGGCAGCUAGAGAUGGCGCACAAUUCUGACGGGAGGGUUCACUGAAAAACAAUGCAAAUAUUGUCUUUUUGUACUCCUACUGUAUGUUUAUUACCCAUGUUAUCCUUAUUAUUAAUGUAUUUCAUGGUA